AAAAAAAUGAAAUCGGAAGCGGAGACACAAGGUUGCGUAUGCUACAUUGGAUAUCUUUAUGCAAUGAUGUGAUGCCUUCGUAUUCUCGCGAUUGCUUUAUGUCUCGAAGAUGCCAUGCUUCUUCCUUUGACAUAACAACUGUCUUAGGAUCCGCUCUUUGUCGAAACGGCCAGAUGCAAUUCCUGUAUACGACUGCCUCCUAAUUGCGACAACAUAUAGCACAUAUCGAUACACUCUGUCUAGAUGGAUGAACAGUCAGGAGACCUAUAUUGUUUGGAGUAUUGUGCUUACAAUGGAACUUUUUUGCGUGCGUGUGUGUGUAUGUGUGUGCUCGUGUGUAUACCUGUGUCUCUUCAUCAACACUUGUUUCUCAUGAUUAAUCUGUCUGGAUGUGAGUCUGGGAUACUUGUAUUGUGUGCUUUGUACUAUGCUUUAUGCUUUGUGCUGCUUGUGUUUUGUGUACUGUUUAUGCUCAGGAGAGAACUCCGGUGUAGCAUCCGCUCAACAACUUAAAGACUAACAGAAUGGGCCAACUAUUGCUACGACCAAAUGUAAAUUGAUAAUUUUUCUGCCUCUUUGCCUUUCUCUCUGCCUUUUAUCUUGACAAUAUGCUGUGAACAUCUUGCUGUGUCUUGUCUCGUUUUACUUCACUCAACCAAUAUGUCA